CCCAGAUGUGGUGUACGACUACACAACUGCACGGACCCAAGUCUUUUCUCUGAAGGCAAAAAACCCAUUCAAAAGAAACAGUUAAAUUGAAAUAUCUGAUUUCUUGAUGACUACAUUUUAAUGAAGCAAGCACUGACUCUACAUCCAGGUGACCAUGGCAAAUGUAUCAGCAGUGACGUCAUUCAUUUUGACGGCCUACACUGAACUGGAAGCUCACAGAUAUUUAUACUUCGCAGGUUUCCUCUUUUUGUACAUUGUGAUAUUAUUGGUCAAUUUAGUCCUUAUUGUAGUAAUAUGGUCUGAGAAAAGUCUGCAUGGACCUAUGUAUUUGUUUAUAUGUAACUUAUCAGUUAAUGGGGUGUGUGGUAGUACAUUUAUAUUACCAUCUGUGCUUAGCCAUUUGCUAUCUCAUAAUUAUGAAAUAUCUCUGUCCUUUUGUCUAUUACAGAUAUACUGCAUAUUCCUGUAUGGUACAGUUGAAUUUGUAAUUUUAGCAGUGAUGAGCUAUGACCGUUAUGUUGCUAUCUGUCACCCAUUACACUAUCACCUCCUCAUGUCUCCUAGAAAGGUUACUGCAGCCAUUGCAUUAUCCUGGAUUAUUCCCUGUGUUUACUUUGCCCUUUAUUUCAUAUUAACAACUGUCCGACUGUCAUUCUGUGACAGGUAUAUAGAAAAAAUGUAUUGUAUGAAUUUCGAAUUAGUUAAACUGUCUUGCCGUGAGACAAGCUUCAUACGAUUUUUAGGAGCAGUAUUACUUCUUGUUAGCCCUAGUCCUCAGAUCAUUAUGAUAUUAUUUUCCUAUGCAUGUAUACUCAGAGUAUGCCUGACCGCUUCUAAGGAAUCUCAAGCCAAAGCUAUUCAAACAUGCACCCCACACUUACUGUCUGUGAUUAAUCUUUCUGUGGGAUGCUUAUAUGAGAUCGUUCAGGGUCGUUUCAACAUGAAUCAUGUGCCUCUUCAAGCUCGCGUAUUCCUGUCCCUACACACGAGCAUAGUUCCCCCAUUGUUCAAUCCUAUCGUUUAUGGAAUUAGCAUUCAAGCCAUUAAAGUUCAGAUUAUCAAAUUGCUUAGUAGUAAAAAAAGUGAAACCCACUAAUGGUAAUGAUUUAAAAAUAUAUUCUCUUUCUGUUAUUGAAUCUUUAAAUAUAGUUAGUAAAGCUUAACCCUGUAUCACUAGGGUUGCCAGAUUCCAGAUUUGGGCACAAAUGUCUAGUUUUUUUAUUAUUUGUUUAGGUUUGGUUUUUGGUUCCAACUGGACAAUAUAAAUACCCGGUCUGAAUGACUGAAAUUAGACAGUCUGCCCACUUCAUGAUCAAGCAUCAAGAUAUACCCCCGCCGCCCCGGUCAGCGAACCUGAACCUCGCCUGUGUGUACAUGUUUGAUAUCCAGUUUUGACAAAUUCUAAAUCCGGCAACCUUAUGUAUCACAGAGUAAUAUAAAAGGACCUGUAAUAUUAAAAAUCACUGAAAUAUUGAAAAUGUCCCCCUGGGUAUUGCUUGGUUUGUACAUAUUUAAAUAAAUAUACGGACUGCAAGCACUAA